GUCCAAAGAACAAAAAACCAAAAAAAGGAAAAAAAGAUAGAAAUAAACGAAUCAAAAGGAGCAAAAACAUUGAGAGUCUCUUCGGACAUCAGACUCAAAUUAGGGCAUCAAGCCUUGUCGGAAGAAGCAGCCAUGGGGAGAAGAAAAGUAGAGAUCAAACUAAUCGAGAACAAAAGCAGUAGACAAGUCACUUUCUCUAAACGACGCACUGGUCUCAUCGAGAAAGCUCGACAGCUUUCAGUUCUCUGUGAAUCAUCCGUGGCUGUUCUCGUCGUCUCCGCCUCUGGAAAACUCUACAACUCCUCUUCCGGUGACAACAUGACCGACAUCAUCGAUCGUUAUGAAAUACGACAUGCUGAUGAACUUAGAACCUUGGAUCUUGCGGAAAAAACACGGAAUUAUCUUCCACACAAGGAGUUACUCGAAUCAGUCAAAAGCAAUCUUGAAGAACCAAAUGUCGAUAAUGUAAGUGUAGAUUCUCUAGUUUCUCUGGAGGAACAGCUCGAGACUGCUCUGUCUGUGACUAGAGCUAGGAAGACAGAACUAACGAUGGAGUUUGUGAAGAUGCUUCAAGAAAAGGAGGACUUGCUGCGAGAAGAGAAUGUGGUUUUGGCUAGCCAGAUUGGGAAGACAAACGGAGGGAGAGAGAACAGUUCUUCGGCAAAUAGCUCCGGUAACAAUCCACCGGAAACUCUCCCGCUGCUCAAGUAACUACCAUGUUCCAACGGCUAGAGUAAACUCAAAGCCUAAUUUAAUGUUAAAAAAGCAGAUGUGUAAAUUAUAAAAAGCUGCUGCAUAAUUAGUCACAAAAAUCCUUUUAAUCUUGUUCAACUUUACGGGAAAAACGGAGCUAUAUUCCCUCUUGCUGAAAAAGAAUUCUAAAACUAAGAUAAAUAUGGAACUUUGUUGUACCUUCGGACAAGAUCAGAGGUUGUGUUUUCGUCUUACAGUACCGGUUUGGAUUUACGGUCUUUGCUUUUCUUCAGCGUGAAGAACCCUAGAGUACUCGAGCUUACUUAAUCUUUUUGUUUUCACUUAUUUAACUGCUAGUUGUUUGAUUACUUGUCUUGAGUUACGUGGCAAAGUGAAAACGAA